AGAUUCACGCAGGAUCGCUCAAACUUAUGUACGUGUACAUACUCGGUUUUAACCCAGAUAUUCUGGGCCACCAUGUCGUGCCUUCGUUAUUGCAUAGUUUUAACGUUUGUUUUUUCUUCCAUUCCGACUUUAUGUCUCGAAACAUUUGAAAACAUAGAUAAUUAUCACGGAUGUGUGCGUCCUUGCUCCGACAAAUCAUCUUCGAAAAGAACAUGCGUUUAUCAUUUCUUUAUCACGGAAUCGCACGUCACAACAAGUUUCUACAACAAACCCGAGAGCAGCGACGAAAAUAUUACCGUGCAAUCAAUAAGGAGCUUUUUGGCGAUUAACGGGAAAAGUCCAGGACCGGCUAUACAAAUUUGUCUCGGUGAUACGAUAGAGGUUCUCGUUUAUAACAAGUUGGGAAGUGACGAAUUGGCUUUCCAUUGGCAUGGAAUCCGGCAAAAGGAUUCCAAUUACAUGGACGGGGUGCCUAUGAUAACGCAGUGCCCUAUCUUACCCUUCGGUGGCUUUCGUUACAAGAUAACUCCCGAGAGCACGGGAACGUACUUUUAUCACGCUCAUUCAGUCUCGCAGCAGGGCGACGGAGUGUACGGGUCGUUGGUAGUACGAGGGCUGCAGGAUGACGAUCUCAGUCGAGAAAGGACACUCGUCUUUUCAUCAAGGUCGUCGGUUCCCCUGACGCGGCUCCGACACGCGAGCCUCUCGCCACCUACGCCGGACGAGCUCCUCGUAAAUGGCCAGGCGCAGCAAGCGAUUGUGCGGGUGAAGCAUGGAUUUCGCUAUUUAUUACGCCUGAUUAACGCAAAUGCUCACGAUUGUCCCAUUUCAUUAUCCGCCCAUGGACAUUCGCUUGAAAUACUUGCUGCUGACGGCAACCCUGUGCAAUCGAUGACGGGCACGCAUGUCGUUCUAUUCCCAGGUAUAUUCAAUUACGCCAGACGACAACGACAGGAGCGCAGGAGGCAACCGCGUCGUCUGCCGCUUGGACUGACUUGGACCACAUCGCUAAACCGCUUGUUCGCGCGCGCGCGACGUGACAUCUCCGAGGAGACUUUCUUCUACGUAGUCGCACCGACACAUUGUAUCUUCCGUCCCGAGGUAUAUCUCUUACAUGUACAGCCUUUGGGACACGGUUUAACCAGUAGCGAAACGCGCGACGCCGGCAUGGAGUGGACCCGCGACAAAACUCUGGAGCUGCUACGCGAGUAUCAACAACGACGCGUCCUCUGGGAUUGGAACGCCCGUGGCUAUCGCGACCGCACGAAGCGCAAACGAGCUAUACAAGAGCUCGCCGAGAUUCUCAGCUGCAACACUCUCGAGGUUGAGAAGAAGAUCACUAAUCUCAAGUGCCAGUAUUCUCGGGAGAUACACAAGAUACAGAACAGUCGCGACGCCGCCACCGGUCCAGACGACGUAUACGUCUCCAAGUGGUUCGCCUUCAAAGCCAUGCAAUUCCUACAAUUUGGCACGCGUAGAUACAGCAAGCGGAAGAAGAAAGUUGAAGAGGAACCGAAACUGCAAGAAGAAUAUAUUGUGAGCAACAUCGAUCCAGAAAGUAUAACAUUUAUGGAUUACAACGAGGAGACAAACGGCUCUGGUACCGGUUCCUUCAACGCUUCGCUCAGCGAGGACGCCGAAGAGUCCUCGUCGUCCAGUAUGAAGGCAAUGGAGUUGUACAAUGGUUCUUUGCCGAGCCAGAACGGUCUUGAGUCCGAACAGAUGAAACUCGAGCUUCGCCCACCGGACGAGAAAGAACAAAAAAAGACCAAGGAAGAGUUUGCCAAGUUUGGCGAGAGUAUCGCUGUGCAGCUCGCCGAGAUCCCCGACUCUUACUCGAGAUCGGUCGCCAAACUCAGGAUCAACCAGAUUCUCUUCGAAGCGGAGAUCGGGAUCUAUGCGCAAACGCGCGAGAGACUUGAUGGUAUUCUAAUGGCUGAACAGGCAAUCGGCAAGUACGCCCUCGAUAUUCAGGGUCUUCGGGAAUGUCGCAAUUUACAUCAAGAAGCAUAUAUUUUUUACGAAAAUGCCGCCCUUGAUUCGUACACGAUAAGGACUACAAACAAUAAUAAUUUUGACGAACAAUCAUUUAAAAUCGCAGAAAAUGGCCAUCACUGUCAUAGAAUAUUGAAAAAUGUCAUUUGUUCUUUGGAUUUGAAGAAUGCAAAAUUAUCGCAAUUGGAGGAAAAAGCAGAUGAAACGAUUUAUGUGCCCUUCGAUGCAAACACUUUCUCAUUUUUUACAGAUGAAAUGACAGACAAUUCCUACAACUUUUAUAUAUCGAGAUAUUAUCCAGCGUACUUAAGCUUGCAAAAAGGCGCGAUAAGGAUACCUCAGAUUAAUGGCAUGUCUUUCAAAUAUCCGCCAUCUCCGAUACUAUCGCAACCAGAAAAUACCUUGGAGAAAUCGGUUUGUUCUCUCGACAAACGCUCUAAGGAAUGUGCCGAUACACUGUUAUUUUGCGAGUGUUUGCAACUACUCCAAGUUCCACCUCGAAAAACAAUCGAAAUUAUAUUAAUAAACAAAGGCUUUGGAGGCAAUGCAUCCUAUACAUUUCAUUUACAUGGUUACAAUGCCAGUGUUGUUGCCCGAGAAAGUUUUGAGCAACCUCUCACCAAAGAUGAUAUUAUAUCUUUGGAUUUUAAUGGAAAGAUACAUCGAAAUCUUGUGAAUCCGGUGCAAAAAGAUACUUUUGUCGUACCGAAUAAAGGAUAUAUCAUUCUUCGUUUUUACACCGAUAAUUUAGGAUAUUGGCUGUGGGAAGCGAGAAGUACUGCUGUAUAUCCUCCAUUACUCGGGCCUGGGAUGCAAUUCUUAAUGAGAGUAGGUCUUCAGCGAAACUUGCCACUUGUACCGAUUGACUUUCCUAGUUGCGGCAAUAAGAAAGGCAUAGACAUGAUUUUUGAGAGCUGA